AGCACCAGUGAUGUGAUCAUCAAUGGGAUAGAAAUCUACAGCAUGAAAAUUGACAGCAAAGUGAUGUCUCGAUUUGCCCACAAUGUCAUCACCAGUUGAGCUGUCAAUCGUGCCAGCGUGUCUAAGGAAGUAGUUUUUGAUGUGGAGCUCCCCAAGACGGCCUUCAUUACCAAUUUCAGCAUGACAAUUGAUGGCAUCACCUAUCUUGGAAAUAUAAAAGAGAAAGAAGCUGCCAAAAAGCAGUACGAGAAGGUGGUUUCACAUGGACAUACUGCAGGUCUAGUCAAGGCCUCUGGGAGAAAAACUGAAAAGUUCACUGUUUCAGUCAACAUUGCAGCAGCCAGCAAAGUUACUUUUGAGCUCACCUAUAAGGAGCUUUUGAAACGGCACUUGGGAAAAUAUGAGAUGUUGAUUAAAGUAAAACCAAAGCAGCUAGUCAAACAAUUUCAGAUUGAGGUAAACAUCUUUGAGCCACAAGGUAUCAAUGAGCUAGAAGCACUUGGAUCAUUUAUCAGCAAUGACUUGACUGAGACCAUUGAUAAAUCUUUCUCUGGAAAAAAGGGCCAUGUGUCUUUCAAGCCAACUAUUGAUCAACAGCAAACCUGUGAGAACUGCUCAACAUCUUUCUUGGAUGGAGAUUUUACUAUAAAAUAUGAUGUGAAAAGGGACUCUCCAGGCAAUUUACAGAUUAUCAAUGGAUACUUCGUGCAUUUUUUUGCACCUGCGAAUCUCCGCAGGGUGCCCAAGAAUGUGAUUUUUGUAAUAGACUUUAGUCACUCAAUGUUGGGUCAAAAAAUGGAACAGACAAAGGAAGCGCUCCUCAAAAUAUUGGAUGAUGUCAAAGAGAAUGACCACUUCAACUUUAUCUUGUUCAAUAACAGGAUAAUAUCCUGGAAGGAAUACUUAGUCAAGGCUACCCUAGAUAAUUUGAAGGAAGCACAGAAGUUUGUUAAAUCCAUAAAAGCCACAGGAUCGACAAACAUAAAUGAUGCUUUAAUAAGAUCAGUUGAAGUGAUGAAUGAACCUCACAAAGAGAAGGUUUUGCCUGAGAGAAGCUCCUCCACAAUUAUAAUGCUGACUAAUGGGAAUCCCACUAGCGGAGAAUUGAACCAGGGAAAAAUUCAAGAGAAUGUGAAAAAUGCCAUUCAAGGAAGAUAUUCCUUAUAUAAACUUGCCUUUGGCUAUGAUAUGGAUUAUAAUUUUUUAGAGAAGAUGGCACUGGAGAACAAUGGAUUGACUCGUUGUAUCUAUGAGGAUUCUGAUUCAGCUUUGCAGCUACAGAGUUUUUAUCAUGAAGUGGCCACUCCCAUGCUUCGAGAAGUGCAGUUGUACUACCCUAUCAAUGCAACAUCUGAAUUAACUCAGAACAAUUUCAAUCAUUAUUAUGAUGGCUCUGAAAUUGUGGUGGCUGGAUGUAUUAUAGACAAUCACCUGAACAGCUUUACUGCUGAUGUGAAAGCUCAAGGUGCAAACAAUGAUGUGACAUUUACUGAACAAGUAGAUAUCGAUGAAACAGCUAAAGCUCUCCAACACAAGGAGUACAUAUUUGGGGAUUACAUUGAGAGGCUUUGGGCCUAUCUCACCAUCCAACAAUUACUGGAAAAACGCAUUUCAGCUCAAGAAGAAAAAUGGAGGAAUCUUGCAGCAGAAGCCCUGGAGCUCUCUCUGAAAUAUAAAUUUGUGAUGCCUCUCACAUCCAUGGUAGUAACAAAACCAGAAGAUAAUGAAGAUAAAGCUGCAAUUGCUGAUAAACCAGUAGAAAGUAGGGACAUUUUCAUAGUUUUGUUUAAAAUUAUUUUGAUUCAUCUAACUUUUUUUUUCAAUCUGUCAGAUACUUCUAUUCGGUAUAGUUACCCUUCAAAGGCAAACUCUGUUGAUGGAGAUCCACAUUUCCUUAUAGAAGUGCCACAGAAAAAAGACCAUCUUUGCUUCAAUAUAAAUUUAAAUCCAGGUGUGAUGUUAAACCUAGUAAAAGACCCUGACGCAGGCAUCACAGUUAAUGGGCAGCUUGUUGGAAAAAAGAAAGUCAGAAACAAUGCACAGAUCCAAAAAACAUAUAUUGGAAAACUUGGGAUUGUAAAUACACAAAUGGAUUUAAAAAUAGAAAUAACGACUGAAAAAAUCACCCUCCAGAAUGGCAGAAAGACAGCCACUUUUACCUGGCUUGAUACAAUCACCCUACAACAAGAAGGUUUGACUAUGGAGAUAAAUAGGGAAAAAAAUCUAGUGCUUUCAUUCGGAGAUGAUGCAACUUUUAUUGUGGUUUUGCAUCGAGUGUGGAAGCAUCCUAUACACCACUAUUUCCUAAGAUUGUACACGUUGGAUAGUUGCAAGGUGUCUGAACACACCCAUGGCUUAUUAGGACAGUUUUUCCAGCACAUUGAUUUUGAAGUUUUUGACAUCCGUCCUGGAUCAGACCCCAAGAAACCACAUGCCAUAAUGAUUGUCAAAAACAAUAAACUGACAGUAACCAGGAUUAGUGAGAAAGAUUAUGGAAAAGACCCCAGUCAUGGAACAAUCGUCCCCUGCUGGUUUAUUCAUAACAAUGGUACAGGACUGAUUGAUGGAGCUCACACUGACUAUAUUGUUUCCAACCUAUUUAGCACACCAUUUAUAAACUAAGCAACAAACUUACAUGUGCAAUCUCAUACUUUAAAGAAAGAGUUAGCUACAAGAAAACAACAGAGAGAAAUAAAGUUGUUUUUGCUCAUUAUUAAAUGUAGCUGAUAGCUGCAGUUUUUAUUCUUUGAUAUUUUCCCAACUUUGAUGCACAUGGCAUGUCUCAGUAAUCACUUCUGAGUAAAUAUUAUGAUCUGGAUAGUAAUUUUGUCUGCCUUUGGCCUGUGCCAUGUGUACAUCUAGUAUCAUGUUCAUACGUUUGCUUCGAUUAUAGACUGCGAGAUCUGUUCCUGCUCACAUUAAAGUCAAUGACAAAACGUGCAUAAACUCCAGUGGGAACAGAAUUGUGCCCACUAGUUGUGCCUGGUGGCCCAGUCAAUGUGGGUAGCUAGUCACACCAGGAAAGGAAGCUGCACCACUUGAUUCUUAUUCACUUGACAGGGCAGCAUGCUGCAUUCAUGCCUGCAUAGCCUUCUAUGCAGAGAGAAAAGGAGCUUCUGUCAGAUCAAAGUCUCAACAUGUAGCAUAGAUUUUACUGUUCAGAGGCAUUCCUUAUGCUUUCCUCACUCAUUUUCUCCUGCCCCUUUGGGCAUCAGGUGUCUAUGCUAUUUCCAGGAGCUCCUGUUUUCUUACAAAGAUAAAAUGGUGGACAGCUGACAGCUACUGCAAGGCUUCUGGAUUCUCAGAACAAGUUUAAUUCCUCAUGCACCAACAACUGGAAUGGUUCCAUCCACAGUGUCAAACAUCAUAUGUAACAUUAAAAAUUCAUCCAUAAACAUAAAAGCUGUAUUUGGCAAUUUUAACAUAAAAUUAAGACUAACAGAAGACUUUGCAGUUGUACUUUACUUUUCAAGAGACAUGCAUCUAAUUUCCAUAUAUGCAUCAUUUAUACCAUUGGCAUAAUAUUAUGGCUUUACAACUCAGAAAUAUGUACGUGUUUUCCCAAGUGUUCUACAAGAUAAUACAAAGUGACUUGAUUCCUGAUGCCUGGUCUAAACAGAGGAGUAUUACUGGCAAAGUUACGGGAGAGGAGGACUGGAAUAAUUGGAGGUGUUGCAGGACAAAAUUUAAUUGCAUUGGUAAACCUUUAAGCAGUUCCAGAACUGGAAUAACUGAAGAUGGGGGGAAAGGGAUGUUGUGACAGUCUAUCCUUUUAUGGCCAUCAAUUUUAUAAGACUAUGAUAAAUUUUGUACAAAGUAUGCCUUGUGUGAUAUCAUUUAAAACAUCAUCUUCUGCUGAACAUUAUUGUCCUGGUAAAAUAUGUGUAUCAACAUUGCAUGUAAAGUUAUAAAUUUAUAUUGUAUAACAUUGCUGUAACAUGUUCCAGAGUUAGAAAUGCAGGCCCAAACCUGUUUUUCAUUGAAAAAGAAACACUAGCAACCCAGCCAGGUGUUAGUUAUCACUGGUUUAAACAGUCAUUCUUCAGCAAUGGAAGGAAUAAACAAGAAAUUUACAUUUCAUCACAGAGACUGUUCAGUCCUCACAUCCACAAGAGGCUACUUGUCACCUUCACCCCAGGUGGGGUAAUCCUCAAAAAUGGUAGAGUGGUAUAAGAGAGAGAGAGACAGUGGCAUCCAUUUAACCUCUUCUCCUCCUAUCUCUGCUCAUGACAUCAUCACAUCGACUGAAUUAAGGAGGAGUUAUCCCAGGCUGAAAAGGAGACCCAGCCUGUGAAAUUUACAACAGCAUAUGGUGAGAUAAAACCUUUGUUUUUAAGUUCUUGUACCUUGUUAAAUUAGGUAUUAGCUGGCUUAUUACUCUUUUAUAACCAAUCAUGACUUUUAUGCAUCAUCCCUCGUAAUCACUUAAAAUCUAUCUUUCUGGAGUUAAUAAACUUAUCUUAUUGUUUUACCUUAACCAAUGUGUUUU